GGGGCAUGGAGCCCCUUCCCGCGGCCGGGGCCCCGACGGGCGAGGAGGAGCCAGAGCCGGGGCCGGGGCGGCGGGGCGGCCGGGAGAGCCGCACGGCGUCCCUGGUGAGCGGGCUGCUCACCGAGCUCUACAGCUGCGCCGACGACGAGGCGGCGGCCGGCGGGGGCCGCGGGCCCGGGGGGCGCCGCGACAGCCCCGACAGCUCCACCGAGGCCUCGGGCUCCGACGCGUUCCUGGGCGGCCGCGGCGGCGCCGGCGACUCCCGGCUGCUGCAGGAGCUGCAGGAGCUGCAGGGGCGGCCGAGCCCGCGGCGCCAGAGGCAGUACCUGCGGCAGAAAGAUACUAAUGAACUGAAGACGAUUCUUCGAGAGCUGAAGUACAGAAUUGGCGUUCAGUCGGCGAAGUUACUGCGGCAGCUGAAGCAGAAGGAUAGGCUUCUGCAUAAAGUACAGAAGAACUGCGAUAUUGUGACUGCAUGCCUGCAGGCUGUGUCGCAGAAGAGAAGAGUUGACACAAAGUUGAAGUUCACUCUUGAGCCAUCUUUAGGUCAGAAUGGUUUUCAGCAGUGGUAUGAUGCCCUCAAGGCGGUUGCCCGACUGUCGACAGGGAUCCCAAAGGAAUGGAGGAGAAAGGUUUGGUUGACCUUGGCCGAUCAUUAUUUGCACAGUAUAGCGAUCGAUUGGGACAAAACCAUGCGCUUCACUUUCAAUGAAAGGAGUAAUCCUGACGAUGACUCAAUGGGAAUUCAGAUAGUCAAGGAUCUUCACCGCACAGGCUGCAGUUCCUACUGUGGCCAGGAGGCCGAGCGGGACAGGGUUGUGUUGAAACGGGUUCUGUUGGCCUAUGCCCGAUGGAACAAGAAUGUUGGGUACUGCCAAGGCUUUAACAUCCUGGCUGCACUAAUUCUGGAAGUGGUGGAAGGCAACGAAGGGGAUGCCCUGAAGAUUAUGAUUUACCUUAUUGAUAAGGUGCUUCCUGAAAGCUAUUUCGUCAAUAAUCUCCAGGCGCUGUCUGUGGAUAUGGCCGUCUUCAGAGACCUCCUGAGACUGAAGCUCCCUGAAUUGUCUCAGCACCUGGACACUCUUCAGAGAACUGCCAACAAGGAAAGUGGAGGUGGAUAUGAGCCCCCGCUGACGAAUGUCUUCACCAUGCAGUGGUUCCUCACUCUCUUCGCUACGUGCCUCCCUAACCACACAGUUUUAAAGAUUUGGGAUUCAGUCUUCUUCGAAGGUUCGGAAAUCAUCCUAAGGGUGUCACUGGCGAUCUGGGCAAAAUUGGGAGAGCAGAUAGAAUGUUGUGAAACAGCGGAUGAAUUCUACGGCACCAUGGGGCGCCUCACCCAGGAGAUGCUGGAGAAUGACCUUCUGGAAAGCCAUGAACUCAUGCAAACUGUUUAUUCUAUGGCUCCAUUCCCUUUCCCCCAGCUGGCAGAAUUGAGGGAAAAAUACACCUACAACAUUACUCCAUUCCCAGCCGCAGUUAAAUCCACCUCAGUUUCUGGACGACAUGGUAAGGUCAAAGACAGUGAUGAAGAGAAUGACCCAGACGAUGAAGAUGCUAUUGCUAAUGCAGUGGGAUGUCUUGGACCUUUCAGUGGGCUCCUUGCACCUGAACUGCAGAAGUUCCAAAAGCAAGUGAAAGACCCAAAUGAAGAGCAGAGUCUGAGAUCUAAUAACAUUGCCGAGCUGAGUCCGGGAGCAAUCAAUUCCUGUCGAAGUGAAUAUCACGCUGCUUUUAACAGUAUGAUGAUGGAGCGCAUGACCACAGAUAUCAACGCCCUCAAGCGGCAGUAUUCUCGCAUUAAAAAGAAGCAGCAGCAGCAGGUUCACCAGGUGUAUAUCAGAGCAGGCUCUAAAGAAGCGACAGAGCGUGGGUUUUUAGGUCCCAAGGACCAGGCAGUUGAUGACAAAGGGCCAGCGACCAGCAUUCUCCCGUCUCAGGUAAACAACUCUCCGGUUAUAAACCACCUUCUUUUAGGAAAGAAGAUGAAAAUGUCCAACAGGGCUGCGAAGAAUGCUGUCAUCCAUAUGCCUGGUCACAUGGGAGGCAAAAUAUCUCCUGUCCCCUAUGAGGACCUCAAGACGAAGCUCAACUCUCCAUGGCGAACUCAUAUCCGAGUCCACAAAAAGAACAUGACGAGGACCAAGAGUCAGCUGGGCUGCGGGGACACCGUGGGGCUGAUAGAAGAGCAGAAGGAGGGCUGCAAGGGGACAGCAGAGGCGUUUCCCUCCGGUUGUGCAGCGACAGCCCGGAGAGAAGGCGGCAGCUCCGAGGACAGCACGGGGAGGACAAUCGAGGGGCACUCUCCAGAGCCGGUGUUUGGGGAUGCUGAUGCCGACAUGUCUGCAGUUCAGGUGAAGUUAGAAGCCUUGGAACUGGGCCAAGGGGCUGCUGCUGCUGAAACUGAGCCCAGGGUGCACCCGCCCCGCCCACGGCCCUGCCCGGAGCCCUCGGAGCCCCCUGCAGAAAACAAAGCCACCAGCAAACCUCCUCAAGGCGGCCACCCGAAAACCCCCAUCUUCAGCCCCUUUCCCAGUGUCAAGCCACUGCGGAAGUCAGCCACCGCCAGGAACUUGGGAUUGUAUGGUCCUACAGAAAGAACCCCGACUGUGCACUUUCCUCACAUGAGCAGGAGCUUCAGCAACUCCAGCGGUGGGAACAGUGGCACCAAGAAACGGUGAUGUCGCCCAGAAACUAUGAUGUCUCCCAGAAACUCUGUGUCUAGAUUCACAUUUUCAUGGUGGUGUGAGGCUGAAUGGCUCCAAAAGUGUUUCCAUUGUCCAGUGAAAAUGAGUAGUCAGGUUCAGAGAUGAGCAGCUGUGUAUAAACACGGGAAUUGGAAGUUUUAUAACCAGAGCAAGAAUAGGGACCUUUUCCCAUCCACUGAUAACUGAUACAGUGGAUUCUUGUGGCAAAAUAAAUAUUGUGGUUUUAAAGUGUGAAGUUUUUCCAAGUUUUCAUUGUGAGCUGUUUAGAAAAGAGGAUGUGUCUAGACUGUUAACCCCUUUUCCUUAUUCUUGUUCGGGGGGCCUUCAGGGUCCCUGUGACAACACCCCCAAACCUUCCAGUUCUCUGGGUGUUGUUAGUACUCAAGCAUGCACACACUAGCUUGUAAAAAGAAAGUCAGAUUCUUAGUUGCAGAAACUUCCAACCUCCCUCUUGAUGCCCUGUUGGGGGGAAUGUUGUGUGUGUGAAUUUUCCUUGAGUAGUUUCCUUUAGCCAAUCUCAAAAUUAUUUUUUAGUCUUAUGCUAAAGUGCAGAAGAAAAAUCUAGAUAGCCUUUCUUUCCCUUUCUAUUUCUACCUGUGAAAUGAAGAAAACCGUUAAUCUCUUGAAAUUGAGGUUGAUCACUGACCUGAAGAUCUCAUGCAGAGUCCACAGAUGGGAAAUGCAUUGAGCGAUCGCUCUGACCAGCUUGCUAAUUCCACUGAGCUUUCCCUAAGGAUCAUUGUCUCCUCAUAAGGAGAGUUUGGUCCUCGGUGGUGGGAUGACACAAUGGGCUCUACAUGGAGCUUUCCUGCAUCCUCCGCCAUGCAGCUCAUUGACCUACCAGCUCCCCACCGCAGAUGCUCUGCUCAAAGCUAGAUCGCGAGACCUGCAACUUUGUUACUUGAAUUUGUGCUUUUUUUGAUUAGAGUACUUCGUUAAGUACUUUGUUACUUGAACACUGCCUUUCUCCGGAGAGGGCGUUAGUGCUUUCUAGCUCUCUCUCACCCACUCCUCCCGGUCCCAGUGGGUCAGAGAUGUGCUGUUAUCUCCACUAUGCAGAUGGGAGCUCUGAGCCACGCCAGGUGAAGUAGCACUUCAGAUACUCAAGGUAAAAACUCCCAGGACUCCAUGUGAUUUAGCCACGUUUCCUGCAGCACAAUAGCCGGGUCUAACGCUCCUUGUACACAGAUGCAUUAGCUCCAUAGGUUCUAGAAACCAAGACUGGAAAGCCAUUCGCUAUACUCCCUCCCGACUCAAAGGACCUUUCUCCGGAUGGUACAGAGUCCUGUGAUGGCAUUUCACAAGACCAGCUCUGACCUUCUUCCCUGAAAAGGUGGUUCAUUUUUAAAAUGCUUCAUGCAGCUGUCAUUUGGCUGAGCAAAAGGCUCACUCCUCAGUCCCCUUCUCCCACCGUGGUUAGAAGAAUAGACACAGCUUCUUUACCCUCGUCUCUGGAAGACCUUGCCGUGCUUGCCAGCAUAUUGUUGAUGCAGUCAAUAUUAAUUUGAGCUAAUUGAAUUGCUAAUUCUGAAACCAAAGCUAUAGUUUUAGAGAGGGCUUUUACUAUGAGAGGUACUAAUUUUUAUAAUAAAACAGAGAAUGUGGUUGUGUGGGCUUUUUUGAACGGAAAACACCAGAAUGACAUAUACAGUCAGAAAAGCCAUCUUAUCUCUUUCAUGGUAUUUUUACCCCCAAAGGAACUAAAGAUGGGAAAUAUGACUAAUAAGUUAUUGCAGCUUUGGUCUUGAAUUCUUUGUCCUCUGAAGUGAGCAUGCAGUCUUGCAAAGCUGCCACGCCCACAGCCCGUGUCUUGGGAAGGGAGUAGGUGGAGAGUGGGGGAGGCUUUGCAUGCCCCCCUGGGAACGAGACCCACUGCAUUUUCCAAAGUUAAGCAAAUGACAUGAUUUUCUUCCAUCUGCUAAACUUUACAGAUAAGAAUGAUUCUACUUUAUAUUCUUUUCUCCUCCCCCGUCCCAAAUGAGUCAGAAUAGUCACGUUCCCCUUGAAGGAUAUCUGACUUGAAUAGAGAAUUGUUCUUUCCUCUCUCGAGUCAGCUCCCAGCUCCCGGAAGGUCAGGGUUCAGGGAGGUGGGUAAUGGGGGUAAGGGGCAGUCACUACAGUCCUUAGGAUGGCGCCACUGUUGUCUACCAGCUAUCUUAGUGUUAGCAGCACAUGCCGUAUCCGUUUCCCAGCGUUGGUCUUCCUGAGAAGGCGAUGGAUGAGAUGGCGCAUGGUUUGGGAUAAGUAUUUCUCGAAUGAAUAACUUAAAGGAUAACAGUCCUUUGAGGUACAAAUGACCUUGUGAGGAUGUUAAAAACCGACAGAUUCCAAUUAAAGCGCUCUCUGUACCAAUAACAUGCUUGCAUCGUACUAUGUACUCACAGUGUGCAUGGGUCAAUUUGUGAGCCUUGCCUGCUUUAGGAAAUAAAGAGACCUGCAGUACCUUCCAGCACACAGCACAUGCAAGGACCUGUAUGGACUUGUGAUCUUCUCUGCCUGCGGGACAAUGUGUGCAGGCACCAGAAGUCCUCACCAAGUCGCAGGUUCUUUAUUUUUAGCUAUGUCUGCACCCUGUCAGUAGUUAAGCUGGGGGUAGACUCCUUCAGAUGCCUCUGCACCUCAGUCCUCUUAGAAAACUCUCCAGAGGAUCUAAACCUAGUUCGUAAUGUCAACCUAUGGGCUGUAACUGUUUGGAACAUUGUAUUCCUUUUUUUGUCUCUUCUUGUUCUGAAGAUCUGUACUGAUUGCAAAGACACAUAAAGAUUCCCGUUGUCGUA